UAGAAAUGGAAAGCCCUGGGAGUGAAGCUGCAAGAAAACGCAUGAGACCAGAUAUGGGAGAGGAGGAAGAUGAAGCAGGAGCACAGAUUGAAGGAAAGGAAGAAUCUGAGAUGAAUAUUGCUGGAUCCGAAGAGAUGGAGCUCAAUAUCUCCAAUAUUCUGGAGAAGAUUGAAAACUUCACACAGAGGGUGUCAGAGCUACUGGAAUCCGGGAAAACAAUGUUUAAAGAACUCAGCAAUGAAUUUGAAGAGAGACUGAUUAUGAUUCAUAAGGAGCAAAUUGAGAAAUGGCAGGAAGAGAUCAAAUUAUUACGGACACUUGAUGCAUCAAAUGAGGAAGCCCAUAUUGUUCUGCAUAAUGCUCGAUAUUUGCUUCAGCACACUCAUAUUGAUUAGUAAAGUUGCAUAUGGGGCACACUUCAAAUCAUUAUCUCCGGCACGCAAGAACCACAUCAUGCUACUACAACGAUGUUAUGUUCUUAAUUCGUUUAUUACAUAUUUUGCCGAAACAACGCAUUUCGAA